GCUCGGUUGCCGGCUUCACUGCGAGCGUGCAACGUGGCGUUUAUGGUCAUCUCGCGUUACAGACAUCCCGGGAACCAAUGGUGGAGAGCAUAACAUUUAGCCAGGGAAAAUGUUCCUUGUUAUCGCUGAAGUGAGUGGCUUACACGAACUUCCUGGAGAUUACUGUUUGGUUGUCCUCUCCAGGGAGAGAUGACAAUGAACCGGGUAUGUUUGAAAUGAAUACGCUACCUAUAGGCACCUGAGAAACGUGCACGGAAUCCUGUAAGAGUGGUGUAGCCGAGACACUUUUACAAAGCAGCAUUUGUUGUACAAUCUGAAUUAUUGCGUUUCCAUUCUGCUGUCGGGAUAUUAUCCAUUUCGCUUCCUGAUAUUUGUAGAUCUUUAGCUACAAGCAAAUUGUCUUGUAAGCGAAAAUAACUAGCUAUGGACUUACCUAGUGGUGUGUGCUGGUUGUUACUGUGUGCGUGUUUGGUAUUAAGUAAACCCACUUUAAGGAAAGAUCGGGUUUACCAUGAACCAGAGUUAAGUCCUAGACCAGUCGACGAAGAAGAUGGGAGCCACAAAUACGACCACGAGGCCUUUUUGGGCAAGGAAGAUGCAACAACAUUUGAUCAGUUAACGCCUGAUGAGAGCAAGGAGAGGCUUGGGAAAAUUGUAGACCGGAUAGAUGGUGACAAGGAUGGACAAGUAUCUCUCAAUGAGCUGAAAAGUUGGAUUAAACGAGUUCAGAAGCGUUACGUCUAUGAGAAUGUUGCUAAGGUCUGGUCUGAUUAUGACACCAACAAAGACAACAUGAUUUCAUGGGAAGAGUACAAACAAGCAACUUAUGGCUACUAUCUCGAUGGUACAGGGGACUUUGAGCAUUAUACCUUCAAGAAGAUGUUGCCUCGCGACGAGCGGAGGUUCAAAGCUGCCAAUACUGGUGGUGACAUGAUAGCCAACCGUGAAGAAUUCACAGCUUUCCUCCACCCCGAGGACUUCGAGCAUAUGAAAGACAUCGUGGUCCUUGAAACCCUGGAGGACAUUGAUAAGAAUGGCGAUGGCUUUGUUGAUGAGGAUGAGUACAUAGAGGACAUGUUUGCAAAUCCAGAAGGGGGAAUAGAACCGGACUGGGUUAAGACCGAGCGGGACCAGUUCUCGGACUUCCGGGACAUGAACAAAGACGGAAAGAUGGACAUGGAGGAGAUCCGCCGGUGGAUCCUCCCUCAGGACUACGACCACGCCCUGUCCGAGGCCAGACACCUGGUCUACGAGUCCGAUCUGAACAAGGACGAGAUGCUGACCAAAGAAGAGAUCUUGGAGAACUGGAACCUUUUUGUGGGCAGCCAGGCCACCAACUACGGAGAGGACCUGACCCGGAGUCACGACGAGCUGUGAGGUCCCUCAGAGCCGCAGAGCUGCCGGCCGUCGGGCUGAGGAGAGGGCGCUCAGGGGCCCACGGGCCCACAGACUAGUUGCCGAACCUCACCGCGGCCAACGGAAGUCCCCUGUACCGCCCCGAAGGCCACGGCUAUCCUUCCUUUCCUGUGAGAGUGCGACCGUCCCUGCGAGGGAACCGUGGUCUUCGUGUUGUCGUGUGUGAAGCUCUGAGCUGUUUGUCCACCACUGAGCCUUGUUUAAAAGCCAUCAAAAUGUGAUAAGUGUCUUCCAUCUUAGUUUUUUUUAAGUUUUGUUUUUCUCAAUUCUGUAUGUCGAAACAUUUCAAGACCAUAGAAUUAUACGGUUCUAACUGACAUUUUUUGACAAAAAUGAGUUGGCGUGAUAAAUACAGUGUUUUCAUACGGAGGGUACUUUUACAGUGUUUCAUUUUGAUGUAUGAAGAACUGCCCUGCAUUUCAGUUUUGUUGUGUAGGAUGUGUAAAAGCUUUGAAGCUGAAUAUCUAAUCUCAAGACUUCUCAGAACACAGAUGGAACCUUAUAAUUCCAGGGUCACAAUUUAUAGAUUACUAAAAUGUAUCCUGUUUGUUGUCUUAAGUUUUGUUUCAUUGUUUAAGAAGGUUGAGGACAUCCAGAGACCUGUAUAUGUGUGGCUACAAUGUUUGAAGCUCAACCUUAAUUUCUGCCAAUCUUAUUUAUUUAGCCAUUAGAGAGAGCAUUGUCUGUUUGUCAUACUGGAGCUAUUGAUCGAAGGUCUGGUCAGUCGGGUUAUUUAAGCAAUUUACUUGUUGCAAACGGGUUUUAUAUAACUGAAAGUGUAAUUAACUUUUUGGGUCAUGCAUUUUUACACAGGAUUGCAUUUGUAAAUGAUUAAUGUGUCAUUUAUGUAAAUAACAAGCCUUUUGUAAGCGCACACUGUCUUUGAUUACAAUGUUUGCAAUUGUGUGAAAAAGCAUAGUCAGAUCUUUGUGAAAUUGCGCAAAAUGUGGGGUGAACAUUUCCUUUUUACAUUACCUCAAGGUCAGACCAUGCACAGGUUCUACUGAUUACAACCUACAUGGGUGGCCUCAUUUCACUGUUGACAUCACAAUCUCUUAAUGUCACCUGCUUAAAUACUGUGCUACUGUAUGCUAUAGAAAACGUCUAUUUAUCGUUACUGUUCGCUAUCAUCGUGUGAACAAAGUUGGCAGCAAUAGAGGUCACUUCCCACUUCAGUCUUUUUUUUGGGUGCAAGGUUAAUAAAGAUGUUCAAUAA